AUGGGCAAGCUAUUCUUCCUCAUUUUUAGCCCCCAAUUCGUCUCUAACAAAGCUUACCUGUAUCCAGCGUCGGCGGAAAUGCUCAACUUUGACGAACCUCGCCCACCUAAGCAAACAGGGAUCGAUGCGUUCAACUACAUCCUUCCCACUAUUAAAUCAGAGAUCGUCAAGUCACGUCGACACUGGGACGCACAUGAACCCAAGAUGUGGUCGAGGGCCCAAGGCAUCAGCGAUAAGGAUUUGGUAAACUUCACCAUUGAGGAUGAUCUCGUCGAGAUUCGAAGCGCCGCUACGAGCUACGGCUACAUCAUCCUUGGGAAGAUUAGGCUGCCCGCCAUCAACGACGAAGAGGGAGAAGGCUAUGUGCAUGUCCGAAUCCACGACCCUCCUAACAGAGGACAAGAAGACGUGAUCUUCCACUCGCUUUUCACCGACGAGGCCGAUCGUGAUGAAGACGGCCGACCCACGAAAUGGCGCGCUAUCCAGACCAGGGACUUCCCGUUGGAAUUCUUUAACGAGUGA